AUGGCGGCGGUGGCUUCGGGGGCCCGGGCGGUCCUGGCGGUCCUGGCGGGUGGGGUGGUGGUGGCGGCGGCCGGGGGGGAUUUGGUGGCGGUCGUGGUGGCCAUUAUGGCGGUGGGGGUGGGUUUGGUGGACGCGGGGGGAGGUGGUGAGCUGGGACCUGUUGAGGGUAAAGUACCCGUGCUUCAUGAGGUGGUUUAG